AUUAUUAACCAGAUUAUUAACUCCUUCAAAAAAGUCUCCAUCACAGGAUCAAUUAGCGCACAGAGAGAGAGAGAGAGAGAGAGAGAGAGAGAGUGAGAGAGAAUGGGAGACCAAGUUAUGAUUUUGAAAACACUGGCUUGGGCUUCUGUCACUUUGAUUCUCUACUCGGUUGUAAGACUGUUUUACGACAUUUGGUGGAAACCCAAAAGCAUAGAAAAGAAACUGAAGCAACAAGGGAUCAAAGGAAACUCAUACAAACUACUCUAUGGUGACUUCAAAGAGAUUGUGAGGAUUACGAAGGAAGAAUGGUCCAAGCCCAUGGCUUUGAACCAUCGGAUUGUGCCACGUGUCAAACCUUUCAUUCAAGCCAUGGUCCAAAAAUAUGGGAAAAUAUCACUUAGUUGGAGUAAAACAAGGCCCAAUCUCAUAAUAGCAGACCCAGAGCUGAUGAGGUCAAUAUUAAAUGACAAAAAUGGUGAUUUCCAAAAGCCUCCAGUGAACCCUCUUGUGGAUCUUCUUACUCUUGGAGUUUCAACUCUGGAAGGAGAAAAAUGGUCGAAACGCAGAAGAUUGAUUACUCCUGCUUUCCACCAUCACAAAUUGCAGGGGAUGAUGCCGGCAUUCUUGGCCAGCGGGUGCAAACUAGUUGAUAAAUUGAAGGAGCUGGUUAGUCCAGGAGGGUCAUGUGAAGUAGACAUGGCAGCCGAGUUCCAAAUAUUUUCAGCAGAUGUUAUUGCUCGUGCCGCCUUCGGGAGCAGCUAUGAACAAGGAAAGAAGGUGUUUGAACUUCAGAAAGAGCAAGUUGUGCUGGUCAUGGAAGCAUAUCAAUCAAUUUACUUUCCUGGUCUGAGAUUUGUACCGACGAGGAAAAACAAGAGGAGAUAUAAGAUAGACAAUGAGAUCAAGGCAAUUUUAGGGGACAUGAUCCAGAAGAAAGAGGAGGCCAUGAGGAAGAAAGAAUGUGGGGAUGGUACUGAUGAUGAUUUGCUAGGGUUGUUGAUACAAUGCAAACAAGAAGCUGAAAAUGGGAUGAGCACCGAGGAUUUGAUAGAGGAAUGCAAAUUGUUCUAUUUUGCUGGUCAAGAGACCACUGCAAACUGGCUGACUUGGACACUGGUUAUCUUGUCUAUGCACCCAGGUUGGCAAGAGAAGGCCAGAGAAGAGGUCCUAAGAGUUUGUGGGAAAAGGAAACCUGAUCUGGAAAUAUUAAACCACCUCAAGAUUGUGUCGAUGGUUCUGAACGAAGUCCUAAGGUUAUAUCCACCAGUUACGAGUCUAAUUCGCCACACACAACGCACAACAACGAUCGAGGGCAUGUCCGUACCAGCCGGGGUAGACAUUUCCUUGCCCACAAUCCUACUGCAUUACGAUCCCAAGUACUGGGGAGACGACGCGGAGGAAUUCAAACCAGAAAGAUUUGCAGAAGGGGUCUGGAAGGCAUCAAAGGACCAAAAUGCAUUCUACCCAUUUGGGUGGGGACCCAGAUUCUGCUUGGGCCAAAGCUUUGCUAUAACUGAAGCAAAGUUGGCCCUGGCUAUGCUUUUGCAGCAUUUUUCAUUUGAGCUCUCACAUUCUUAUACCCAUGCUCCUUACACUGUGAUCACUCUACAGCCACAACAUGGAGCUGCUAUUAUAUUGCACCGUAUCUAGGGCUUUUCCUUUCUACUUAUUCAAUAAGACAGGCCAGUCCAUGAGGCAAAAGGCCUACGAGGCUUGAGCUUUGGGCCUACAAGGCUUGACCUCAGUAGAUUUCAUUCAGCAUUAACAAAUGUUCUUAGCUUGUCUUUGACGGGUAUUAAUUAUCUAAACACGUCCUUGGCCGUCAUUUUCCUUAAUUUUGGGAAAUUUCCCAAAAUUGGUAAUCAUUGGUAAUCAUGUAUCAUGUAACUCGUUCAAGGAGCCCAAUCUUGAAGUUUGCUUAA